AUGACGACGCAACCAGAGGUCGGUGUGUCCGAUUUUGUCCUUCUAGACAAUUUGACUACGGACAAGUUCAUCGAAAAUUUGCAACUGAGGUUUCAACAUAACAAAAUCUACACAUACAUCGGCGAGGUGUUGGUCUCCGUCAAUCCCUACAAGACCCUCGACAUCUAUGGACAGCAGCACAUGGCGCAGUACAGGGGGAGGGAGAUGUUCGAGGUGCCCCCACACGUGUACGCAGUUGCCGAUGCCUGCCAGAGGGUACUUCGACAACAGGGCAGGGAUACUUGCGUACUCAUAUCAGGCGAAUCCGGUGCGGGGAAAACGGAAGCGUCCAAAUUUAUAAUGAAAUACAUCGCAGCCAAUACUAUGCAGGUGCACAGGGAAUAUAUAGACAGAGUCAAAAAUGUUCUCAUCCAAUCUAAUUCCAUUUUGGAGACAUUCGGAAACGCGAAGACAAAUCGUAACGACAAUUCGUCGAGAUUUGGCAAAUAUAUGGAUAUUCACUUCGACUAUAAAGGAGAUCCUGUUGGGGGCCAUAUCAGCAAUUAUCUUCUGGAGAAAAGUCGAGUGGUCAACCUCCAACUGGGAGAGAGGAACUUCCACGCCUUCUAUCAGCUUCUAAGCGCAAAUGCGACCCACGCAAAGAAGUUCGGUCUGAACCCGAAUUCAACGUACAAGAUCCUCGGCAACGAACGUCCUACCGCUCAGGACUCGAAGCUCUACAACCUUACAAACAGUGCCUUCAACGCUUUGGGCUUCCCUCCAUCUGUCGUCGAUAACAUUUGGAGUAUUGUGUGCGGAGUUAUCUUGUUGGGGGAACUAACCAUUAACGAAUCAGGUGAGGGUCAGAUAAAUGUAGGAGGACCUAUGAAGCAGUGCGCGAACGCAUUUGGUGUAUCAGAGGAAGCGAUACGAACAGCUCUAGCGGGCCGUAUUCUAUCAGCUGGUGGUGACCUCGUUAGUAAAGACCAUUCAGUGACGGAUGCGAACUACACGCGAUUGGCGCUGGCUAAAGCAGCUUAUGACAGGCUCUUCACGUGGAUAGUUCAGCAGAUAAACAAGAAAAUCGAAGCCCCAGAGGACUCGUACAAGAGCUCACUGAUCGGCGUGUUGGACAUCUACGGCUUCGAGAUAUUCGACACGAACAGCUUCGAACAGUUCUGCAUCAAUUACUGUAAUGAGAAACUGCAGCAGUUAUUCAUUGAAUUGGUAUUGAAGCAAGAACAAGAAGAGUACGCCCGCGAAGGCAUCCAGUGGACGCCGGUGCAGUACUUCAAUAACAGGAUAAUAUGUGAGCUAGUCGACGCGCCUCAUCAGGGCAUUAUCGCUAUUAUGGACGAGGCUUGCUUGAAUCCUACCAAGAUAUCGGAUACACAGCUAUUAGAGGCAAUGGACAAGAGAUUGAACGGACACAAACAUUAUACAUCUCGUCAGCUAUCGCCCACAGAUAAAAAACUAAAACAUGGCGUCGAUUUCAGAAUAACGCACUACGCAGGCGACGUGACGUACUGCAUCACGGGCUUCAUGGACAAGAACAAGGACUCACUCUGGCAGGACCUCAAGCGGCUGCUGCACGCGUCGCGCAACGCGGCGCUGCGGGACAUGUGGCCCGAGGGCGCCGCGCGCCUGCAGCAGACUUCGAAACGACCGCCCUCUGCCGCGACUCUGUUCCGUAACUCGAUGUCGGCGCUAGUGGCGGGUCUCGCCAGUAAGGAACCCUUCUACGUGCGUUGUGUCAAGCCUAAUCCAGUACAGUCACCGCAAUUGUGGGACGAUCAGCUCGUGCGGCACCAGGUGGCGUACCUGGGGCUGGUGGAGAACGUGCGCGUGCGGCGCGCCGGGUUCGCGUCGCGCCAGCGCUACGACCGCUUCCUGCAGCGCUACAAGAUGCUGUCGCAGUACACGUGGCCCAACUUCCGCGGCGCCGGCGCGCGCGACGCCGUGGCCGUGCUGCUGCGCGACCUGCAGCUGGCCGACGUGCAGUUCGGACACACCAAGCUCUUCAUCAGGAGCGCCCGCACGGUGCACUCGCUGGAGGCGGCGCGCGCGGAGCUGAUCCCGUCCAUCGUGGUGCUGCUGCAGAAGCUGUGGCGCGGCACGCUGGCGCGCAUCAAGUACCGCAAGAUGAAGGCCGCCAUCGUCAUCUACAACGCCUGGAAACGUUACUGCUUCCGACGCUACAUAGCAUCUUUACAAACAGAGCUCCAACGCAACCGGGGAGUGAUCAAACGCUGGCCUCCAGGAGGGGGCAUUGCGGCGCCCAUGCUGCAAGGGGCCUACCGCCGCUGGAGGGCCUACCUUACACUCAAGGGGGUACCGCGUGAACAGUGGCCACAACUCAAGCUCAAGAUAUGUGCGGCGAGUGCGCUGCGUUCGCGUCGCUCGCAGUGGGGCGCCACCCGGGAGUGGAGGGGCGACUAUUUGGCUAUCAACUCUUAUAAUCCAAAAUCUGCUACGUACCAAUCAGCAAUAGCCAAUCUACAACGCUCACAGAACAUCGGCAAGCCGCUGUUCUCGUGCAAUAUCCACAAGUUCAACCGGUUCAACAAGCUGGCGGAGCGAUGCCUUCUCAUUACGGAAACCUCGAUAUACAAGCUGGAUGCUAACAACUUUAAACCUCUGAAGAAACCUACCCCCAUUACUGAGGUGGGCGCCGUACGAGUGAUGAGCAGCAGCGCGCAGCUGGUGGUGGUGAGCGUGCCGAGCGCGCGCAACGACCUGGUGCUGGGGCUGGUGCCGCCGCGCGGGGAGCCCGACCUGCUGGGCGAGAUGCUGGGCGUGCUGGCGCACCGCUACCGCCUGCUGGCGGGCGCCGAGCUGCCGCUGGAGGUGGAGAGCGGCGCCACGACGCGCUGCACGCUGGGCGGGCGCACGCGCGCGCUGCAGCUGCCCGCCGCGCCCGCCCCCGCGCCGCCCGCCCCGCUGCCGCCCUUCACGCACGCGCACAACGUCAUCACCUACCACCCCGCCUCCGCCAGGGCCUGAGUCGGCGCCGCUGACCUUUCGUACGCUCGACUAAUAGAAAUAAUUAGUCCACUGGAGUAAGUGGAAAUCGAACACUUUUGAUCCUCUCGGAAUUACUGCAAUUGUUAUUUUUAAACUCGGUAACUGUCACCCGGAUAUCAAAAGUGUUCCUAGUGACCGUAAAAGUUUUAAAAGUUAACUAAGUCAAGUAGAUAAGGCAUUUAGUUCAGUUUACUAGCUAAUUUAUCGUGAUACUUGACUCGUUAGUUGCUUCAAAAAUUAAAUAUAAAAUGUCACCGCGUAGAGCAAUGACUGAAGCGUGAAGACUUGAACAAAAGCGUGUAUUUUACUUAAAGUCAGAUACUACUUUAUUGAUUAAGCGUCUUAUACCGUCGCGCGAUUACAUGGUUACUUUCUGAAGUAAAAAGCAUGGUUUAAUCAUUCACCACCAAAAGCUAUGGAGAUCAUCAUGCCAGUGCUCUGGGUGGUAGUGUUAGGUGUGAAAUAUAUAGUUCAAUUGUAGCAGGCACGUAUUAAAUGUUGUUUCGUUAUGUAUAGAACGAAUUUGAAGGAUUUUACAACACUCAUCAAUCAAGGGCUAAUGUGUUCCGACAUUGCCGUAUAAUGGAUGCGAGCUAUUAUAUCUGAGUCACAGUAGAAUCACCACAAAAAAUUCGUGAUCUUAAUUUUCGUACAAAGUUAGAUAAAAAAGAAACAAAUCAUCCGGGAUAGCACAAAUACGCCUGUUCACAAAUAAAGGUUAUUUGUAACUGAUAGCCUUUGAGAGGUUAAAAGCUUGAAAAUCUUGUGUAUGAGGAGUUCUACCUGGUACACCUAGGUCUACCAGGAUACAGAUCUAUUCGUUGUGCCACAACUAGGACGUAUCCUCCCUGGAUAUACAAGUAUCAUCAUUACUUAUACCCAGAGUAGGAUAGCCAUAGAGACUAACACAAGAUCAUACUUUUAAUGGCUUUAAGUAACUUUAGAAUAUGACCCAAGACCAAUUUGGUGUAGAUAUUCGUAUUUGCAAUAUCCCUGAUGAAAUCAUCCGAAUUUACAUAAGACGUAAUUAUAUGUAAAGGUUUUUACAAUGUGGUACAUCCAGAAGAAAAUAUUUAUUUAGUUUUAAGUUUGUAAAAUAAUUUUAAUAAAUUUUAUCUAUCCAUCAACGCCAGGUGCCUAUAUUUCAAAUCGAUUCGUUUUUCAUUACUCAUAUACAUAAUAACAUAGAUAUGCCCGGUUAUUGAAAAAAUAGUAGUUUUGCUAACGACCAUUUACAAAUCAAACAAGACAUGUCCUAAAUUUGACGGUUCGUAAGCAAAA